GGAAAAUUACAAAUUAUGAAAGACUAAAUUCAAAUCCAUUUUGGCUAUAACUGUAGUUAACAGCGAUAAUAAGGAUCCUACAGAAACAGACCGCCUCAUAUUGCUGCAUAUUGUGAAAUGUUACAUCUCUAACCAGAUGAAUUUCAACUUUUUUAAUUUGCUUAACUUUUGAUUCGUUCUGCGGAAAAAUGUAAAUUUCAUUUUUGAAUAAUAAUAUACCUUGAGCGAAAAUCUGAAAUGUCUGAAGAUCAUUUCAGCACAACGUUAGCAUAUUCUAAAAGUCCCAGAGUUUCAAAAAGAACAACUUUCCAGGAUGAGUUGCAAGCAGCUAUUUCUGCAAGAACAGCAAAAUAUAAUUCUGAAUAUAUGAAUAAUUACUCAGAUGACUUUGAAGAUGAUGCUGAUGAUGAUGAUAUCUUUAAAGAAUUGCUUAAGUCCAAAAAAACAAAGAGUGAAAGGUCCAAAAUAGGGAAAAAGAAACAUAAAAUAAAUGAUUUUAAGCUCUCAGAUGAUGAAGAAGAAAAUGUGAGGCCCAAGAGAGUGUCAUUUUUGAAAACAAGAAGAAAAAGUUUCCCCACAAAAGAAGAGGAUUCGGACAUUGAAGUAAAAAAUGGGGCAGAAGUUAAAAGAGAGGAAGAGUGUGGCCAUCCUGAGUCCUCACCAUCUCUUCAAACAGAAACUACUUGUCAAGAGUCUAAAACAUUGGUGCCAACAGAAAGAAGUCACAGGGAAUCUACUCUGUCACAGCCAUCAGGAAUGACUGCAAAUUUGAGCAGAGAAAAUGAAGAAAAACCUACCCCACAACUCAGAGAAAGCAAUCUGAAACACACACCUUCCUCAGGUAUCCUUGAUGAUGAAAUUCCUAAGCCUCGGCCAAGGCAGAGAAGUCACAGAGGCAGCAGUAAUACUGAAGAAGACAGUGUAGGUGGAAGUGAGAAAUCACCAAGCAGGCCACCUACGUCAUCAGUCUCCAUACCCUUAUCUGCUGAAAUGACCAGCAGAGCAUCAUCAUCUGAAGGAAAACAAAACUCCAGGAGCUCCAGUCCUCAGAAACCUGAAACAUAUCAUUCCAUAUCAUCAAGAUUUAGCAGAUGUCCUUCCUCUACAGGUGAUGGGCAGCUUUCCGACAAAUCAAGACAGGGUUCUUUCACCAGAGAGUGGAAUCGUAUAGAAGAUAACAAUGAAGAAGAUGUCCAAAAAUUAUUUGCUCCUACAAAGCAGAAGGAAUGCAGACCAGAGGAGAGUGUUAAAUCUGCUGAAUUAUCUAGAGGAAAGGAAGUCACAAGACGGCAUGCUUCAUUCCAUAGACCCAGUCUGAGGAAGGGAGAAGCUGAGGAUGAGCCAAAUGGUGAUAUGGAUGGAGCAAGUCCAGCUGAUGAAAAACCAUCUGAUAACAGGUCUUUAAGUUCUUGUUCACAGAGCAAAAAGCAACAAAACCUUUGUUCAUACACAACUGAAUCUCGUUACCUGGGGACACUAAAAGUUUUAGACCAAUGCACUUCUCAAAAGGAGAUUCACACUGAAGCAGCUGACUCUCUCCGGGCUAUAAUUUACCAAGACUGGCUAAAAAAGAAAAAACAAAUUUUACAAGCAACUCUAAAAACUAAGAAACUGGAGGAAAAGCAUAAGGAAGAGAAGAAAAAGGAGGAAGAAUUGAAUAAAAAGGAGGAGGCAAAGACCUCCUUUCAAGCUUGGAAAGAAAAGAAAACAGAAGAUAUUAAAGCUAAAGUAAAGACAAAACAAGAAGAGGACAUGAAAAAACAAAAAGAAAACGAAGAGAAAGUGGAGCGAAAGGAAAUAGCAAAAAAGGUUUUUGAGAAGUGGAAGGAGGAAAAAGAUGAACAUCUUAAAGAGAAAUUUAUGAAACAGAAACAAGCUGAAAAAAAACUGAAGCAGAAACAAGAGGAGGAGAAGGAAGAGAGGAAAAGAGACUGUAACGCUACAUUUUCAAAAUGGAAUGAGACAAAAAAAGAAGUUAUCCUUAAGAAGCUCAAGAAGGAGAGACAACAAGAAAAAGUUCAAAAAGAAGAAGAAAAAUAUGAAAAGGAAGAGAAAGAAAAGAUGGCGUUAGAAAUGUAUGAAAAAUGGCUGGAGAAGAAAGAAAGACAAGAAAAAAGAGAAAGAAAGCAAAGAAAGGUUCGUGCUGUUUUACAAGAUGAGCCACCUCCUCCUUGGAGCCCCCCCAAUAAAACUAUACCCUUUGGGAAAUAAUGUCAUUAAUGUAUUUUACAUGCAAAUUACAUCAUUUCAAUUAAAUAUCAGAAUGGGAAAGUGUAUUUUUAACUUGA